ACGACACAAAAUAAUAAAAAGCCCGAAGUUUCGGGUCUAAUUGGACCAACAGAAACGAAUAGAAAACAAUUCAAAAACAGUUUGUGUGUGCUUUAAAUAAAAUUGUUGGGUGGAGACAAAUACAGAUACACACAGUCACGAAGAGCAAACACAUACAUACACACAUAUUUGGCAGCUAAAGCGAAGUGAAAAUGCAUCUGCAAGAAACAAAUGGCAAUAUUUGCGAGCAGAUAUGAAAGAAAACUACCUAUUGAUGACACUGAGGCCAUAAGCUGCGAGAUCGCAACCGUCGAGGAGGUCGACGGACAUACGGAGUAUUUGCUGCGUGUGCAGAGGGGAAAUAGCUGCUGGAAUGUUCUACAUCGAUACAAUGACUUCAAUAAGCUGCAUCAAAGUCUUCGUAUCUCUGGCAUCGAUCUGCCGUUGCCUGGCAAGCGCAUCUUUGGUAAUAUGCGACCGGACUUCAUAGCUGAACGGAAAGAAGCACUGCAAGUUUACAUAAACACAAUACUAAUGAAUCCCAUUUUGGCAUCAUCGCUGCCAGCCAAGCGUUUCGUUGAUCCCGAAAGCUACUCUCAGUCAUUCCACGAUCAUGCAUUACAGAAUGCGCUACUAUGUCUGCGCAAUGAUACGGUUUGGGCUUUAGGCGCCACAAUGGGCGCCAUAGGCUGGCGACUGCGUAAGCAUUACUUUAAGGUGACCACGAAGCCGCCAGAGAAGAGCAGCAACAAGUUGGUGAAGAGCGGUUCGCAGACGCAGCAAAGCAAACACUUUGCCUCGGGCAGCAAUGGAGGUAGUCACUCCAUCUCCAUUGAUGCGGGCAGUGUGGAUCCCAAUGCGGAAAUGGUCGCUGAAUGGUUGGAGUACGGUCCGGACAAGUAUGUGGAGGAAAAGGAGAUGAAUGGUGUACUGAAGAGUUUGAUGGGCUUGCAGCAUCCGCACAUUGAAUCCAUUGUGCUCGCUGCCAACACGGAAAAUGGUUGCCUCUUUAUCAGAAAAUUCCAUAAGCAUGGUACUCUCAAGGAUGUGCUUUGCAUGGCCACGCCAAAGAAUCCAUUCCUGAGCAAAUACGGCAAUCCCAAAGGACGCACUGCACUCUCCAUGAAACAAGUGGCCACCUACGGUAAACAGAUAUUAGAUGCUUUGAUCUUCUUGCACUCUAAAGGCUAUGCUUAUGGUCACUUGCAUUCAGGCAACAUUGUUAUUGUGGAUGAUUGUGUUAAGCUGUUGGAUGUCGAGAAUCAUCUGCUGGGUGUGCCUGCUUUUUAUCGACCAUUCUUUGUGCAACACAGCAAGAUUCAUGCCAUCGAGACAAUCGAUGUCUAUUGCUUUGGUCAUGUGCUCUUCGAAAUGGCCAUGGGGUAUCCGCUGCAGGAGUCGGUUGUGCGGCAGAUCACGGAGUGUCCCGAGGCAUUAAAAUCACUAUUGGAGAGCAUACUGUCGAAGGAAGCCUGCAAGGCUGGUCUGCCCACAUUGGAUCAAUUGAUGGGUCACAGGUUUUUCACGCAGUAUGCAACCGAGAGUGCAUCCUCCGCUGAAAAGCCACACUUUAAGCUUUCGUUGAAUGCCAAGGAACUGCUUCGUCAGGCUGCUGUGAAGAGCGAGAAUCGUUUGCGCGACGAACAAAAGUCGGUGAAGAACCAAAAGCGCAUUGUACGCGUCCAAGAGCUCAUGAGUUCUGAGGAGGAGAAGCGCAAAUCAAAGCAAAAAGCAAAAUUAGAGCACAAACAGUCGAAGCUAAAGCAACAGGGGUCACUCCAAGCAAGCAAUGGACGCUUGUCGCUGGUCGCUGCGACUGCUGUUGCCUCAACAAGCGCAGCUGCUGUUGGCGGCAGCGGUGGCGGGGGCGUGGGGCUAAGCACAGCAGACUCAUUCAAUCGCUCCGACAGCACACCCGAAGAACCACCCAUACUGGCUGGCCACAAAACGCACACAACUAUUGGAGGUCAGACAGCGCGCCAGGAGUUGCCUAGCAGCAGCAGCGGUGCUGUGGGAGCGUCCGUGGAGAGGCAAACAUCGACACCGAAUAUGGCAUCGGAGGACGCGGAAGCUGGCGAGGAUGAUGAACCCACACGCUCUGCGCUGCUCGAGUCAAUUUGCAAGUUUAACCGCGGCUCGCUGCGCAAAGUGCGAUCCAACGAUUAGGAUGCGAGUGUAGAUGGAGGGGAGGAAUGUUAGAUGUGUCAUGAAUUUUUCAUUAAAUACAUUUUGGACCAAAUGUGGCGUUAUGAAAUAACGGUUCCAUUAAAUUAAAACAAAACCAAAAAUAGCGAACAAAAGACGUUGAAAGGGACGCCUAAAUAGGCUGCAGAAGAAAUCAAUUGAAUAACCAGCAAAUAGAUAAUUACAAAAACAAAACAAAAAAACACUUUGGUAAAACGAAUGCAUCUAUUUAUGGGCAUCGACAACACAAAUAACAAUCCAGCAUAAGUACUAAGUAUAACUAUAUUUACUAACGAAACCCACUGAAUCUGUGUCCACAAGCAACAAAAACAAAACGAAUAUUCGCAAAAUGUUUUAUGAACAACUCAAUGAUAAAAGAUAAAUAGUUAAAUAUGUACGUCUGUCUAUACUCUCAAUAUAUAUACAUAUAUAUGAUAAGUUAUGAAUCACACUCGGUCGAAGCGGCAAAAAUGUACGCAACUAAAGCUUUACAUAUACAUAUACAAAACUACAUAUACAUAUAUACAAAAAAAACAUGACCACUACACGACUGAGAAUUAAACCUUUCGUACGAAUAUCUUAAAAAUGGAAAUGGAAACAAAACCACAAAAAACUUUAAAAACUUUCCAAAAAAAAUCUUAACUUAUAAGUCUGCACCAAAAAAAAAACAUUAAUCUAAAACUAUAUAUGUAUAUGUAACAACCACAAAAGACGCAUAUGUAUAUGUAACUUAAGUACACACAUUGUAAUUUGUUCCUUGAUGUCCAGCUCCAAUCGCCAUUGUCAAAGAUUGAGGCCAAAAACAAAAAAGCAAAAAAAAAUUAUGCUGCACUUCCAUUGUUAUUUUGUUUACUUUUUAUUUUGUUUUUAUUAUGUUUUGUUAUAGACAAUUUCUUAUUGAUUAUGUGUGUAAUGGAAAUAAAAUCUCUGUAAAUCAAUUGAUAUAUACAA